AUUCGGAUCUCACCUUCAAUCCAAUUGGAUCCAAUUCAACUUCCAAUCAUGAAUCCUUUCUCUUCAGGCACGCGUCUCAGGGACAUGAUUCGGGCAAUACGUGCUUGCAAAACUGCGGCAGAGGAGCGUGCUGUUGUAAGAAAAGAAUGUGCUGCCAUUCGUGCUGCAAUUGAUGGAAAUGAUCAAGAUUAUAGGCAACGGAAUAUGUCUAAGCUGAUGUUCAUCCACAUGCUUGGCUACCCCACACAUUUUGGUCAAAUGGAAUGUCUCAAGUUGAUAUCGUCUCCAGGAUUCCCAGAGAAGAGAAUAGGUUACCUUGGACUUAUGUUGCUUGUUGACGAAAGACAAGAAGUUCUAAUGUUGGUCACCAAUUCUUUGAAACAAGAUCUUAAUCACACAAAUCAGUAUAUAGUGGGACUUGCUCUUUGUGCUUUAGGGAACAUUUGUUCGGCAGAAAUGGCUCGUGAUCUUGCACCAGAGGUUGAGAGGUUGCUGCAGUUUCGGGAUCCAAAUAUUCGGAAAAAGGUGACUUUCGUAACAUUGUUAUCAUUUUAGGA